AUGGCUGUGACGGCGUGUUACGCUACUGAAACUUACACUACUGAGAAUGAUGACAUAGAUAUUGAAGCUGUCGUCAAUAACUUGGACACACUCAAAUCUUACAUGGACUGUUUUCUAGAUAAGAAAACUUGUGAUGCAGUGCCAGGUGAUUUCAAAAAGGACUUACCUGAGGCUUUUGAACAAGCUUGCGCAAAGUGCACAGCAGCGCAGAAACAUAUCUUUAGAAGAUAUCUAGAAGUUGCAGGAGAAAAGUUGCCAGAAGAUUUAAACGCUCUAAAGAAGAAAUACGACCCUGAAUCAAAAUACUUUGCUCCACUUCAAGCGGCGAUUGCGAAUUCUUAA